CUUCGCGGUUCGCUCCCUCCAAAACCCGCGCGUGUAUUGGCAACAUUGUUUUUUCGUAGUUUACAAAUAAAAUGGCCGAUAUAUGAGUCUAUUUUGUAUGGACAAUAAAAUAUGGAAUUUAUUAAAAUAAAUGACGAUCGGUCUGGUGCAUGUGCGAGGUAAAGUACAAAAGUCGUGUCGUAAACAAUAGUUUAAGAUCGUUUAGUGUAAGUGAGCGUUUGGGAGUGGUGCGAGAGAAAGGUGGAGGUUGUCUUUGAAGAACCCGUGGACGCCGCAGGCAGGCAGGCAAGAAGACCGAUAGUAAGAAUAUCGGUUUCGGCAUUAUUUUCGUAUGCGUACCGUACCAUAAACCGCCGUUAUUAAUAUUGGCGGUGUACGGUGGCGCGACGGCGAUCUAGAAAAACAGUGCUCUAGGAUAACCGAGAGCUAGGGGUUUAGCGGAUACUACCCCCUCUGCCGCCUGCACCUAAUUUUCGGAGGAGCCGAGCCUCCGCCACCCGGAGGCUGCGUGCAUUUAAGCCAGAGGGGAAGAAGCGCGCCAACAGAAUUAUUCGAAUUUCUUCGAAUAUUCUUAACAUAUCUUAUGCCAUCUAUUAUCAACAGGAGAUUCAGAUAAACACAUAACGUGCUUACCUUAUUUUAUUUUAUUAAACAUCAUAUUUGGAACUAUAUCAGCAAGUACUUGUUAAUGUUCUCCAUGAUAUUAUUCAUAUGAGAAAACUAAUUAAAGGUUACACAAACAGUUAUGUUACCCAAAAUCUACACUCAAAAACAAGAUACUGGAGUGUAAAGAUUACGUUAACAUAUAUCCUAUCAAAAUAUUUCCAUCCGAUCAAUUUGCCGUAGUGGAGAGGAUUGGUACGGAGGAUGCGUUGACAGAAACAGAGGGGCCUAUCGGUGUAGCCUCCAGCCAAGCCAACCCCUUCAUUGCUACCCUUGCAAAUAUGUGUACAACCCCUGGCAACGCAGGCGCUGGAUUCGGGUAUGCCUGGUCCUUUGGAGGACCUGGUACUGAAACCCGAGAGAACGCACAGAGCGAACUUGCUACCAAUAUUAGUUACGCUGUUAAUAACAAUCAGGAUCAAGGUUCCAGUCAGAAAAUUCAAGUCGACAUCAAGCCCACUAAAAACAUUAAUAGUUCUCAUCGUAGACCUAUGUUCGCUAUGAAUGAAAGUUGCCAACAAACUUCUACUACUCAUCACGGUCAUACGGGUGGAGCUCACAAUCAAACGCAUGGUUCCCAUGUUCGCACUAAAAAGCAUCACGACGUUUUCCCAUUGAAUUGUGAAAAGGGUGGUUGCCAGUGCGACGCUUCUCAACCGACCCCACCACCCUCUCUAUUUUCAAAUACAUUAGUAUUUACUACAGGUGACAAGCAUGGCAUGAGUAAGCAUUUCAUGACACCGCUUGGACCUCUGCAACUUACUGCGGAAGAGUGCAAUGAAAUUUUAAUGAAAAGGGCAGCAGCUGCUUCUAAUCAAGCGAAUGCCAAUAACGUUGCUACCAGUCAGACUGAUGGUACAGCUCAUUUUGGACACGUUUUGACGCACGUAAACACAACUCAAAUUGAGACUAAAGUAAAACAACAACAAGACAUGGGCAGCCAAGUUCGUGUACCUAAAGAAAGACCAUAUUCUUGUUCUGAAUGUGGUAAAUCAUUUUUACUAAAGCAUCAUUUAACGACGCACGCGAGAGUACAUACCGGAGAAAGGCCUCACAUCUGCAUUCACUGUGGCAAAAGUUUUGCUCACAAACAUUGCCUUCAUACUCACCUGCUCUUACACAGUUCAGAAAGACCUUAUCAAUGUCGAGAAUGUAAAAAGUCCUUUACGUUAAAGCAUCAUCUCGUAACGCAUACUCGGGUACACACAAGAGAAAGACCAUUUGUUUGCCAGGAAUGUGGAAGAGCGUUUCCUCUUAAACGCCACUUAGUCACCCAUAGUAAAUUCCAUUCUGGAGAAAGGCCAUUUGUCUGUGAAGAAUGUGGAGAGUCCUUCUCACAGAAGGAUCAUUUGACGAUGCAUUCGCGAUUUCAUGGCAGUUUACAUCCAUUUGUUUGUCCUGAUUGUGGGGCUACAUUUCAAAGGAAGUUUGAACUAGUUAACCAUGGUCGGUUACAUGGUAGAAUUCCACACUCGUGUACUGUUUGUGGGAAAGAAUUUUUACAGAAGAGAACGCUACUAGCUCACAUGCGUUUACAUACAGGAGAGACACCUUUUGCUUGCACCGUUUGCGGAGAGGCAUUCCCAAGAAAAGUAGAUUUAGUUACGCACUCCAAGAUUCACAAUAACAAUACGAGUACAGAUGAAAAGUCUCUAACAUGCAGGGAGUGUGGACUAGAAUUUUCUAACAGGGAAGCCUUGACAUUGCACUUAAGGCUGCACUCUGGUGACAGAACUUUAGUAACGGAUUUAUGUGGGUUAGCAGCUGCCUUCCAACAAACUCCUGGACACUUUUUAACUCCUAAUACUCCUGGAACCCACCAGAUGAAUGGUCCGAUAGGAGCUCCUGGUGUUAGCCAUAUGCAUGGUGCAACGCAAACCUCGCCACCAGUUGGUACAGGUCCUAAACCAAAACCGCAUAUCUGUCCGGAUUGUGGCCGUGGAUUUGCUCAAAAGCAUGGACUCUCCCAACAUCAACGACGUCAUACGGACGGCAGUUGUCAUAUAAGGUCACAUGUUUGUGACAAGUGUGGAAAAGCUUUCUUCCAGAAGAAUCAUUUGUUGUUACAUCAACGUCAGCAUAUGGAUCCUCCACCAAGUAUACUUCGGCAGCAGCAAAGACAAGCUGCACAGGCUGCUGCACAACAGGCACAACAACAGCAAGCACAGCAGCAGCAGCAGCAAGCGCAACAACAACAGCAGGUGCAGCAACAAGCGCAACAACAACAACAACAGCAGCAGCAGCAGGUACAGCAACAACAAGCACAGCAGGUACAACAGCAGCAGCAGCAGCCUCAGCAACAGCAACAACAAACGUGUACGGUUGAUACCAAAACGAUCCAGUUACAAGCAAUACAGCAGCAAGUUCAACAGCAAGUACAACAACAGGUACAACAACAGCAGCAGCAACAGCAACAAGCGUGUUCCGUGGACACUAAAGCAAUACAGUUGAAUGUCACCAUGUGAGACGGUUUAAAGCGAGACUUUACAGUCCCUGGAACAAUAGCACUCCCAAAUUUGCACCCUGCUGCCACCCUCUGCACGCACGUCUCUUGUACUAACACAUCGUAUUAGAUAUAUUUAUUAUCAAUAGAUCCAAAUACGAAGUAAUCAAUUUUAUUACAAGAGUAUAUAUACAAAGUAUACAUAUUAUAUUCUAAUAAUGUAAGGCUUGUAACAAUAAAAGUAACCAUAUAUUAGUGUUUUA